CUCCACAGGCAGGGACACAGGCAAGCAAGUGGGAGUUCUGUGCCUCUGCAGCUGUCCGUUUGCACUCACAAUGGACACCGUGACCGCCACCAUGGAGAGGCUGAGAGCUCAGUGUCUGUCCCGAGGGGCCUUGGGCAUCCGCGGCCUAGCCAGGUUUUUCCGCCGCCUGGACAAGGAUGACAGUCGGUCCCUGGAUGCAGGGGAGCUGAGGCAGGGCCUGGGACAGCUGGGGCUGGAGGUGGGGGAGGCAGAGGCGGAGGCGCUGUGCAAGCGCUGGGACCGUGAUGGCAGCGGGACACUGGACCUGGAGGAGUUCCUGCGGGCACUACGGCCCCCCAUGUCCCAGGCCCGGGAAGCUGUCGUGGCAGCUGCCUUUGCCAAGCUGGACCAGACUGGCGAUGGUGUGGUGACUGUGGAUGACCUGCGAGGGGUAUACAGUGGCCGGGCUCACCCCAAGGUGCGCAGUGGAGAGUGGACGGAGGAUGAAGCCCUCCACCAAUUCCUCGACAACUUUGACACGCUUGAGAAGGAUGGGCAGGUCACACUGGCCGAGUUCCAAGACUACUACAGCGGACUCAGUGCUUCGGUGGACACAGACUUGGAGUUCGUGGCCAUGGUGAGCAGUGCCUGGCGCCUCUGACCCGGCAGCCUCGCCUGCCUAACAGCUGCCUUAGCCUAGUCCCCUGACCCACCGCUACCCUGUUACCACUGUCCCGGGGGGGCCCCAACUAGACACAGGGAGGAGAAUGUGUGAGAAGGGAGGCUGAAGAACUGGCUAGACAGGUCUCCUGCACGCCCCCCUCCCCCCAGACCUGGAUCCAUCACUGACCCCAUCAGGGGCCCCCAUGGCCACACCCAGCUCACCUGGCUGCCAGGUGCACAGAAGGCCAGGGUUUUAGUUAAAAGUUUUAAUGCAGUUCUCAAAUACAUUUCAUAUGACAAUCUUACAUAAAUGUUCC